AUGUCCGUCAUGUCUCCCGGCAGCGCUACCUCUGACCUGGACAGGGUGGAUAGUUCGCCCAGCCCAGCUGUCUCGGACGACGAGAAGCGGAAUCCACGGAACGACGAUGUUUCUCCCCACCGCAAAGAUACCAGCGUGGUUGGGCACAAUGAGAAGGACCGCGACAUAGACGCCAAAGCUGUGCCUGUUUUCCCACCUGCAGACUGGGUUGAGCGUCUCAAGGCCGAGUACACCGGUCGCCACGAUGCUGGGACCGAGACGCUGCCACCCGGUUGCGAUCCCGAUCGCAUGGCUGCCGCUGUCCUGACACUGAACGAGGAAGAAGCAGUGCAGGUGCUCAAGAAAUUGCUCGAGAGCCAGAAAGAGGAUUUCACCAUCGACCAAGUCGUGAUGGCCCGGAUACGAGAACUCGUCCGAGGCCACGAGCACUGCGAGAUGACACAUGGCGACUGGGCCUAUGAGGUCUGCAAAAGAGCCGGUCUGUACCACAACUGGUCCCCUUAUGCAGAGGUUAGGGCUGUGACAUUACCAUAUGACGACGUGGAGGAGGCUUGUGAAAGCUUCAGGGCCUACCUCUUGGGUUACUUCUGGAUUUGCGUCUGCACAGCCAUCAACAGCUUUUUCGCUCCCCGUCAACCCGGCAUCUCCAUUCCUGGAUCGGUGAUUCAGCUCAUCCUUGUCCCCAUGGGGAGAGCAAUGGCAUACAUUCUCCCCGACUGGGGCUUCAGGUGGCGUGGAACACGAUACACCCUGAACCCGGGUCCCUGGACAGCCAAGGAACAGCUCUUCACGACCAUCAUCUUCAACGGCGCAUCGGGUAUUGGCAACAUGACAGGCCUGCUUGUGAUGCGUCUCCCAGUAUUCUUCAACCAGAGGUGGGCGACCUACGGAUUCAACAUCAUGCUGGCCUUGUCCAACCAGGUAUUCGGCCUUGGCAUGGCUGGUAUCUUGCGUCGUCUUAGUGUCUACCCCAUCGAGGCGGUGUGGCCCAGUACUCUACCCGUUCUCGCUCUGAACCGUACCCUGAUGAAUGCCGAUAGCAAGACGGAGAAGAUCAACGGCUGGACUAUGACUCGGUAUAGAAUGUUCCUUUGGUCAGGCCUCUUCUUCCUGGUAUACUACUGGAUUCCCAACCGUUUCUGGGAGGGCCUCCGCCUAUUUAACUGGCUGACGUGGAUUGAUCCCAACAACUUCAAUCUCGCUGCCAUCACCGGCUCAUACGGCGGCAUGGGCUACAACCCAUUCUCCAGCUUUGACCCUAACAUAUCUGGGUCCGGGACAAUGAACGCCCCCUUUUUUGCACAGCUACAGCAGUUUGUCAUGAGAGCCCUUUCGGGGAUUAUCAUUCUCAUUAUGUACUACAAGAACGCUUUCUGGUCGGCGUUCUUGCCAAUCAACUCCAACUCGGCAUUCGACAACAAAGCCAAGCCUUACAACAUAUCCAUGGUCCUCAACAGCGAUGACACACUCAACAUGCAAAAAUACGAGACUUACGGCCCUCCGUAUUAUGCCAUCGCAAACCUGUUCAUCACCGGUGUCAACUUCAUCUACUACACCUUUUCAAUUGUCUACGUUUUCACCAAGUUCUGGAAGCCCAUCAAGAAAGCGUUUGUUGGCAUCGUCGUCAACACUGUCAAGCGCCGAAGUGUCUAUAGCGGCUUCGAGGACGGGCACACCCGCAUGAUGAGGGUGAACUACAAAGAAGUGCCCGAGUGGUGGUACGGACUACUCUUUACAUUUGGCUUCGUGAUUUCCAUCAUCAGCCUCGAAGCCUGGCCGACCGACACGCCGUGGUGGUCCAUGCUCGGCGUCACCGGAAUCGGUGCUCUGCUGACCAUUCCCUGGGUUGUCAUCGAGUCGAUCGCAAGCACUGGUAUUGCAGUCAACGUCAUCUGGCAGGUUCUGCCCGGUAUCUGGUUUCCGGGCCGGCCAAUGCCUCAGCUGAUCAUCCUGAUGCUGGGUGCCGCCUUCGAGAUCAUGGCGGGAGGCUUCUCACACGACCUCAAAUAUGCGCAUUACGCCAAAAUUCCUCCUCGCGCCGUCUUCCGCGGACAUGUCUCGUCCGUCAUGGUCAACUGCUUCAUUUACGUGGCCAUGAUUGAGGUCAUGAUGGCGUACGCCAAUUCGGACAACACUUUGUGCCAAUGGGAUAACAAGCAAGCCAUGGUGUGUCAGUAUGCAAACUCUGUGUACUCCUCAACCAUCUUUUACGGCAUUUUCGGCACCAACAACAUGUUCAAACUAUACCCGAUCCUCCCGUGGUGUUUCCUCAUCGGCGCCGUCCUGGGCGUCAUCUGGAUCAGUGGCGAGAAGCUUCUUCCCCGUUUGCGGCCGCACAUCAAGGCACGCCUCGGCAGCGAGCGUGGCUCAAAAUUUGACCGCUACAUUUGGGACCCCGCGGCGGCGACGCUGGCUUGCCUGAACCCGGCCAUUGCGCUCUCGGGUGCGUUGCAGUGGGCUGGCAAUAACAACCUCACCUACGCAACGCUCGGCAUAUACCUCGCAUGGUACUUUCAAUACUACCUCAAGCGGCGCUACACUGCGUGGUGGGGCAAGUACGCGUACCUUAUCUUCGCCGGUCUGGCGGUAGGUGUAGCCAUCUCUGGUCUGAUCGUGACGCUGGUCUUUUCGUUUGGGGCUGGCAAGGGCGUCGAAAUGAAGUGGUGGGGUAACGAGGUGGCCAAGGCUGGCGUCGACUUCAAGCUGUACACGAACGAGGCGCGUCUCAUGGAGGUUGGUGAGCGCGGUUACUUUGGGUUGGACCCGAAGGAUUUUCCAAAGGGAUGGUAG